CCCCGCGGCCGGCCCGCCGGGUCCGGGUCCGGGUCCGGGUCCCGGUCCGGGUCCGGGGCAGUCCCCGGAGCUCGCGGCGCUGUUCGAGUGCCCGGUGUGCUUCGACUACGUGCUGCCGCCCAUCCUGCAGUGUCCCGCGGGUCACCUGCUCUGUAACACCUGCAGGCUGAAGCUCACCUGCUGCCCCACCUGCAGGGCCGCCCUCAGCCCCAACAUCCGGAACCUGGCCAUGGAGAAGGUGGCCUCCACACUGCCCUUCCCCUGCAAG